AUGCCGGUGGACGAGCAGCAAUUUAUAGACCUGCUGGGAAAGAUUCCUGUGCAGUUCCGGCAAUAUACCAACAAUGCGGCCGAGAUUAUAGACAAAGGCGUCGACCGCGCCGCCGACGCCGUUCGUGAUGCCUUGAGCUCCCAGACGUGGAUUCCUGACUCGGUGAGGCCCGCGCCACCAGUAAAGGUGCCCGCCGCCGUGGUGUCCGUGUCAACAUGGGAGCAGGCUCAAGAUUGGGUCUCAAAACACAAGAUCCUCACGGGUGUCAUUGUCGUUAUCUGCGGUACUGUCGUCUUCAAGGGCUUCCAGAAAUCCAGGUCCAUGCGCAAAACGCGCCGCGCCAAGCGUGCUAGGAAUGGCGGGCGGACCGAAGUCGUUGUCAUUGCCGGUUCGCCCACGCUGCCCCUGACCAAGUCCCUUUCACUGGACAUGGAGAGACGGGGUUUCAUCGUAUACGUCGUCUGCGAUGCGCCCGAGGAUGAGAGAAUGGUGCAGUCCUACGCGCGUCAAGACAUCAGCCCCUUGAAGAUUGAUACAACGAAUCCUCCUAGUGCCGGAUCUGCCAUCGAGAAAUUUGCGGCGUACCUCCGGUCGCCGCAUGCCCCAGGUCCUCAAAUUAAGCCAAACCAGCUAACUCUGCGAUCCGUCAUUCUCAUCCCGAGCCUCCAUUACCAGACCUCGCCGAUUGCGACGAUACCGCCCUCGAGCUUCGCUGACCUAUUCAACACCCAUCUCCUUCACCCAAUCCUCACCAUUCAGGCUUUUCUCCCGCUACUUACUUCCCGACUUCAGCCCAUUGGCGAAAAAUGGGUGCCGCCCAAGGUCAUGGUCUUGACGCCCUCCAUCAUCUCGUCCAUCAACCCUCCGUUUCACGCCCCCGAAGCCACCGUCUGUUCUGCGCUUUCAGCCUUUACGGAGGUUCUGACGGCCGAGCUGCGACCUCUUGACAUUCCCGUGACGCACAUGCAGUUGGGAACCUUUGACUUUGCCGGCUUUGUCCCUGCCCGAAAUCUGGCCAUUGGCCAGGGCCAACACACGACCGGCCAGCCCCAGGAGACGCUCGUCUGGCCUGACGGUGCCAGACAUGUCUACGCGCGCAACUUUGUUGCACAGACGAGCUCAGCCAUUUCCGGCGCGCGCAUUCGUGGUUUCAAGGGAAGCUCGCUGCGCCGCUUGCACAACUCUGUGUUUGACGUCAUUGAUGGCUCCAUUACGAGCGACACGGUGCGUAUAGGUCUUGGAUCCAGCGUUUACGGCUUUGUCGGCCGUUGGGCUCCACGCGGGCUUGUUUCGUGGCUGAUGGGCAUUCGCCGCGUCGAUGAACUAUCUACGUGGAAGGCUAGCGAGGAAGGGUCCUCUCGUACGCCCAGCGAAGACGGUGACACGGGCAGCAAUGAAUUCAUUGCGGUACCGUCAGAGAUUAACGCCUGGACGUCGGAAAGAGACAGCAAUCUCUGGACGCCCACCAAAGAAGCUGGUGCGUGA